CCUCCAUUGAGUGCUUUUGACCGUUCUCUGGAUACACUUCUGCAAUUCCUUGAAGCUAAUCAUGCUUAUGACAUGUUUCUUGAUGAUAUUAUUGACGCCUUUUGUCGAGAGUUUGAAUAACGGACUAACACUUACUCCACCGAUGGGAUGGCUUGACUGGGAGCGUUUUCGAUGUAAUAUUGACUGUACCAAUGAUCCUGUAAACUGCAUUGGGGAAAAAUUGUUUAUGGACAUUAUUGACCACAUGGCAGCAGAUGGCUUUAAAGACGUUGGCUAUGAGCAAGUCAAUAUUGAUGACUGCUGGUCACUGAAAGAGAGAGAUGCACAAGGUCGUUUGCAAGCUGAUCCAAAACGCUUUCCACAUGGAAUCAAGUAUCUUGCUGAUUAUGCUCACUCAAAAGGGCUAAAACUUGGAAUCUAUGGAGAUUUUGGUACCCAUACGUGUGGUGGAUAUCCAGGUAGUGAAGACCAUCUUCAGACGGAUGCUCAGACUUUUGCAGAGUGGGGUAUAGAUAUGCUCAAGUUAGAUGGUUGUAACUCACGUGUUCAGGAUAUGGAUGUAGGCUAUCCUGCAAUGAUGAGAGCCUUGAAUGCAACAGGAAGACCAAUAAUUUACUCAUGCAGCUGGCCAGACUACCAGAGGGCGUCUGGAAUUAAAGUGAAUUAUACUAAUAUUGCUAUUAAUUGCAAUCUUUGGAGAAAUUAUGCUGACAUUCAGGAUUCAUGGGAUAGUGUGACUGGCAUUAUUGACUACUAUGGCAACAGUCAGGAUUUAUUUGCUUGGGCAGCUGGUCCAGGACACUGGAAUGAUCCUGAUAUGUUGAUUGUGGGAGAUUUCUCUCUGAGCUAUGACCAAUCGAAAGCACAAAUGGCAUUAUGGGCCAUUUUUGCUGCUCCUUUGCUAAUGUCAAACGACUUGAGAAAGAUUUCACCUGAAGCAAAAGAAAUUCUUCUCAAUCAGGAAGUAAUUGCAGUUAAUCAGGACCCUCUGGGGAAGCAAGGCCUGCGUGUAUUAAAGAGUGGCAAUUUUGAAGUGUGGCGUCGUGAAUUAUCCGAGAAGAGCCUGGCAGUUGUACUGUUCUACAGAGCUACAGGAGGUAGUGAUAAGGAAUUCAGCGUGUCCUUCAAAACGUUGAAUAUCACAGCUGCUGCAGUCACAGCUCGUGAUUUGUUUGCUCACAAAGAUCUUGGAACAUUCAAAGAAUCAUUUGAUGCUCGAGUUAACCCAAGUGGAGUCGUCAUGGUGAAAAUGACUCCUCAGUAGAGAUAACUGAAUGAGUAUUCACUGAAACUCAUAAGUUGAUGGACACAUCUGAUCAUGAUUUCUGGUAGUAAGUCUAGAUGUGUAAAACUUUGAUGUAUUCACUAUUUGA